GAAUAAUUUUUCGUCCGAAUUGAUAUUGUUUGGGCCAUCUCAAAUUUUGACAAUAACAAUAUUAUCUAAAAGAUCGCAUAAUUGAUGAGGUUUAAUUCAAAAUGGAGCUGCAAGAUGAAUUUUAUAACAAUGCAGAAUAUAUUGAAACGCCUUGCUUCACAGACUGGCCUUUGGCCCGUCUAAGCUUGCAGAGAAAAUUAGUGGUUCCAGUGGAUAACUCUCCAUAAUUGUGGGAAUACCCAAUAUAUCGUUGACAUUCUUAAAGACUUACAGUCAGUGGAAGACCUACAAAAAUGUGGGCAUCUGGAAAUAAAGUGAGCCGGCAGUCUGUUUUGUGUGGGAGUCAAAACAUAGUCAUUAAUGGAAAAACAGUAAUAAUGACAGAUUGUGUAAUUCGUGGAGAUUUAGCGAAUGUAAGGAUUGGAAGACAUUGUGUGGUUAGUAAAAGAGCAGUGAUAAGGCCACCAUUUAAAAAGUUCAGUAAAGGAGUUGCAUUCUUUCCUCUUCAUAUUGGUGAUCAUGUUUUCAUAGGAGAGGAUUCUAUAGUGAAUGCAGCCCAAGUUGGAAAUUAUGUACAUAUCGGGAAAAAUUGUGUUAUAGGGAGACGAUGUGUGCUGAAGGACUGCUGUGCUAUAGCGGACAACACUGUGCUUCCACCAGAGACGGUGGUGCCACCCUUUACCGUGUUCUCGGGGUCUCCUGGGCAUUUUACUGAAGAGUUGCCAGAAUGUACUCAAGAUCUGAUGGUUGAUGUUACAAUAAGUUAUUAUCAGCAUUUCAAGGCUACUCCCUCCAGCAAAACAAAAGACAGACAUAGAUAGCUCCUGAAAGCAGUAUGAACAUGGGGCCAGUUGAUGUAGUGCAAUAUGAUUACGUGAGGUUAUUUAUGAAAUGGAACAGUGCUUUGACUUUGUUUACUAUACCACAGAAUUGUACAGUGUACAUGUUAAUAUUUUGUUCAUGGGUAUGCUUAUGGGUACAAUUAAAAAGGAAUGAAUGGUUA